AUAGCUUUAUCUGUUUGUAGUAAUUUUUAUUUGUUUAUUUGUAGGAAACAUUACUAAUAAAUAGAAGGUGGUGUUUGUCACUACUAUUAUCAGCACUUGAGAGCUUAUUUUUAGUAGAGUUGGAGAGUUGUAGAGAGUAAGUGAUGUCCAAGUCCAAUCGGCUCAAGAACAUCGAGGAGGAAAAUGCCGAGGAGUGGCCGCCGGUGUCGUGCCCUCAGCCGGAGACCCCGACCGAGUCGAUGGAGUUCCUAGCCAGGUCAUGGAGCGUGUCGGCCGUCGAGCUCUCCAAGGCUCUUUGCAACACCCACAAUGAGGAGAAGCCCGACCGCGGAAGCUCCUUGCUCGUUAAAAACAAUCAACCCUUGUUAGCCUCGGGCAGCCCUCCGGAGUCACCAAGGGGGAGCGACGAGACGACUAAGGAGCUACUCUUACUGCAUCAAGCCCUCAACCCAGAGUUCGAAUCCCACCAACACCUUCUCUCUAACGGACCCAUAUACAAAAGCGCGGUGAAGAGGAAGACGAUGGGGAGGCGGAUCAAAGACCACAAGGAGCGGAAGAAGCACGAGAUCCGAGCUCACAACGCGCAGCUCCACGCGGCGGUAUCCGUCGCCGGAGUUGCGGCUGCGGUGGCGGCGCUCGCGGCGGCCUCGCCGGAAAAAUCAUACUCGUCGGCAAAAGCCAAGAAAAAGCCUUCCAAAAAAGCCUCUGCGGUGGCAUCGGCCGCAGCGCUGGUGGCGUCGCACUGCAUAGAGAUGGCCGAGGAAUUGGGGGCCGACCGCGAUCACAUCCUCGCCGUCGUGCACUCGGCGAUCAACGCGAGAACCAACGGCGACGUCAUGGCCCUCACCGCCGGCGCUGCCACAGCAUUGAGAGGCGCGGCGACGCUGCGAGCGCGGCUGCAUAGGGAGAGCGGCGCUGCCGUGGCUUUGGCGGAGGAGAGUGGUUGGAGCUGCAAGGAAUCAAGCGUCUCUAAUUUGCUUAAUUUUGUAGCUAAAGGUGGCGAGCUACUUAAGCGCACAAGGAAAGGGGAUUUACAUUGGAAACAAGUGUCGUUCAACAUAAAUUCCAAUUGGGAAGUGGUGGUUAAGAUGAAGAGCAAGCACAUUGGAGGCACAUUCACCAAGAAAAAGAAAUGCAUAGUUUCGAGGGUUUACAACGACGUGGCAGCAUGGCCGGGGCGUGAAGCAGAGGAUGCCGGGUACUUUGCGGUGCAAACUGAAGAUAGAGUGAUUGAAUUUGAAUGUGGAAACAAGGACAAACACAUCUGGAUUGAAGGCAUACAAAAUAUGUUGCAUUUGCAUCUUGUGUAACAUGCUUAUUUAUACUCCAUGUGAAAACUGGCAGUAUUUAAGUGAUCACUAUUUCUGCUUAAA